AUGGAACCAAGUAUUGUAACUUCUAAAGACCCGGAAUCAGUUACUGCAGAACCUGUUGUUUCAAAUGAUCAGUGUUCGGCCUCUCCGAAUCACGAAACUGUCAAAGCAGACUCUCCCGUUUGCACCAAGGAGUGUACUGUCCUGUGUGUAGACAUUGAUAGUUCGCAGAACACCUCUUCUACAAGCGAUACCUUGGAGAGGCUAAUGGAUACAGAAAAGGAAACGGAGGAGGAACCGGUCGACUCGGGUUCUGAUUCGAAAAAUGACGAGACAUCCAGUUGGCAUCCUUCAGAGGAUGAUGACGAUGAUAUCAGUCUCAGUUCACGCUUGCGACAACGGCGUAACGCUCAAUCUGGUAAAUCUAUCAUCAAUUCUUCACACCGAAAAAGUCGAAGACGGAAACGUAUCUAUUGUCACUCCGAAAGCAGCACAUCCAGUUCUCCAUCACGAGAGACCCGAGGAAGCAAAAGGUCCAAACAACAACAACAACAACCGUCCGAGACACCUGAUUCGAUUACCAACGGGGCCGCUUCGGACCGGGAAAAAGAAAGCGUACCAGAAUCAGAUGAUUAUUGUUGGGUUUGUCACAAAGUGGGACAAGUUCUCCGUAUCAACUGCUAUAUGACCGAGCGUCGUGAUCUGUGGCAUUCGACCGUCAGUUCAUUUUAUCGGCUCAUCUAA